AUGAAGGAAAGGGAAAUAUUUUUUGGAAGACCAAAUUCAAAUUUUUUUGAACCGCAAUUUUCUGCUUUAUGUGCUUUUGUUAACUGUGAACCUUUUAAUAAUUAUUGUUCUCUUCCUUUGAAACCUGUAGGGCAAUGUUGCGAGCAAUGUGGUGCAAUUUUAAGUUUUCGACAAAAUACUCUUAAUUUUACAAAAUCUAUUGAAAUUAUUAAAAAAUAUGGAAAAUUAAUUAAAGAUUUUGAAUGGCUCCCAAAAGAUUCCGGAAUUUCUUUUGUUCGAAUAGAUAAUGACGAUUUCCAUCCUUUAUAUCAAAUUUCUAUACUAAAUAAACAUUCAUUCAAUUACAAUGAGAAACAAUUCUGCUCUGUAAUUUGGGAUAUAUUUAAGAGAAUUCAGCAAGGAAUUAAUUCUCAUCUCCCUGUUGAAUAUCAACCUUCUGCCGAAAAUGAGGACAAAUUUUAUUUUGAUUUAAAAUUAAAAUGUUCACGACAAGUUGGAAUUAUACAUUUUAAAGAAUUAGUGCCUUGGCUAUUUUUGGGAAUAAUUUUUGGGGUUGUAUUGAUAUUAGCUGUACGUUCAGAAUAUAGAAGGAAUCCACGUUUACGUCUCUUUAUUGCCGAAAGUCUUAGAAAUGAACGUUUUUUAAAUAUUAAUGUAAAAUGGAGAAGGGGAACAAAUGAAAACGUAGAGAUUCCGACAAAUUGGAAUGGAAAUAAUGAAAUAAAUGAUCAGACAAGAAUCAAUUUAUUCUCAACAGUCACUGGAUCAGUUUCUGAAUUUGUUAAUAAAGCAUUUUUAAAAUCGGCCAAAAUUGAUGAAAAUGAAGAAUUACUUGAGGAAGAAGAUAAAUAA